GUGUUUCCGCAUUAAUUCAAACUCAUUUCAUUUUUACAUUUUUGUUUUUACUCAAAAACAAUUGUUUCUUUUAUUUUUUGAAUAUUUUUUUCUUGUUAAUUGUUUUAUUUUACCGAAUGUGAACAAUUUCGUGUAUUCUUUUGAUGGAAGAAAGAUCAAAACGCCGAAAAUCAACAGUUAAAUUUCAAAAAAGUUCAAGACAAUCUCAGAGUAAUUUGAUUCAUAAUCAAACCACAUUAGUUGGAAGUUACAUGAGUCUCAUGGAGAAUCAAAAGCUAGUGGUUGCCGUUCUACGGUACAAAACAAAUGAUGGUUCUAAGAUCAAAUUACCAGUUUUGUUCAAAGUGUCUUCUGAACAAAUUCCCAAAGAUCUUCGUCUUCUUGAAAUUCAUCGAGAUAAUCUCAUUUAUAUUGAGAUUGAUGGUUGUAAGCCCUUAGCCGCAAUGAUCGUAUCAGUCGGUGAUGACUCAGUUCAACUAUCUGAAAUUUAUCAGACUUUUAUAAAUAAAGAGUUGAAAUCUAAUCCAUCAUCCGCUGAGAAAAAAAUCUCGAAUUGGUUAAUUGUCGAUAAUAUUUCUAUUUCAAAAUUUGAAUCUCAAAGAUUACCCAUAACAAGUGAAGAAGAUCUUACUGAAGUCAAAAAAAGGAUUGAAACGCUGAAUAGUCAAGUGAAAAAUCAAUCAAAAAUAUGUCAAGAUCCUCAACCAUCCACAAGUGCUCAAUCUGAUCUGAUUCAAGAUGAUCUUUUUGCUGACGAUGACGAAGAUGAUUAUUUCGAUGAAUCAAAUUCAGAUGUGUCUCAUUCACUCAUACCUGAUCAACUGAAAGAGAACGAUUUUAUGGACAAUUUACAAAAGUUGAAAAGUCUCAAUUCUACUGAGGUGGAAUCACCUCAAGAUAUAAAACUGAUUAUUGACAAAGUCAUUGAUACUUUUGAAUCAGUUUUUUAUUCAAAAGAAAUGAAAGAUCAACAGGAAAAAAACAUUAUUCAAGUUGAAAAGAAUCCUGGUGAGGUUCGAUAUAUUCCUGAAGAAGAUAAAACUUAUUCGAGUGGUCAAACAACAAUGAUUGAAGGUAUUCUACCAGUGUAUACUAACAAAUACAAAGCUGCGAUCUCAUCAAAAUCAGAAUAUCAACCAGCUGCAAUCAUUACGAAUAUUAUUCGAUUCGCUUUUCCUAAGCAUUGGCUAGUUGGAGUUACAGUUAAAGGCGCUGGUGGAAGAAAAUCUCUCAUUUCUAUUUGGAAUCAUCAAAAUCCAUUGGCUAAUCCUGGCGAAGGUCAAUUCAAAAAUGGCUUAGGAGAGAAAAGACUACGAGCUUUAAUUGAUCAUGUGGUACGAAAAGGAAAAUUCAAAAAAUAUGACAAAGCAACAGAAAAGUUUCUUGUUGGCUGUCUCGCUAAGGCGAUGCAUUCGUGUAGACCAAAGCCUAACUUUCUCAGCUCAGCUAUCAAUCUUGAUGAUAUUUCUGAUCCUGAUUCGGAUAUCGAUUCAGAAAUUUAUCAUUUGGAUAUUCAAAAGAAAGAUGGUUCCAAAGUGAUUAAUCGAUCCCAUCAAGCGCUGAGAGUAGUAACCAGAAGGUCUUCACGCUCUCAAAAACAGGGAAAUUCACCUCGUGAAAAAGAAUCAGUUCAGGAAAAAGUGCCAAAAGUAACGUCAACAGAAACGAAUCAUUCCAAAGGAACACUUUCAACUUGCAUUGAAAAACUACCUGACCAUCAAGAAAAUGAAGAUGAAUCUACAUCAGGCUGUGAGAACGAAAAUCAAACAGAUGUUAGUGAGAAAAAUGGAUCAAGAUCAGCAGAAAUAAUUGAAGUUGAUAUGGGAAAUUCAAGAGAGAGUGAAGAGCCUGAAAACAAUGUUGAACCGAUUUUGCCCAGUUUAAAUCCAGGCUCAGAUGGCAAAGUUUCAAAUAUUGUAUCUGAUUCUGAGAAAAAUUCUCCAGCUGAAUCUGAUUCACUUCAAACAUUGGAUGUGUCAAUAAAUGAUUCUGGAAAUCAUUCAAUCUCACCUGAAGAUGGGAGUCUCGAAGAAAAUACAAAUAUACCAACAGCUGGAGAGAAUACGGUUAACGAUCCUAUUCAUGAUGAAUCGGAUGGUGAUUCAUCUCAAAUCGGAAGAAAAAGAACCAAAAAUAGUGAUAAUGUGACAAAAAAACAAAGAUCUGAUGUCGGUGAUGCUAUUCCGCUUACUCAAGCUAUUCCUGAAAUAAUUUCAGAAGAAUCGAUUGAUUGCGAUGAUAUUACGGAAGAAGAUCGUGUAAUUUUGGCCAAACUCAAAUCAAAGGGUGUUUUGAGUAAAUUCUUCAACCGAUUGGCCAACAAUUGAAAUGUUGAGUAACUUUCAAAUAUUUUCCUAUUAUUCAGUACAAAUUUUUCAAUAUUGAAUUACUUAAACUCUCGAUUUUUAUCAAAAUCGAAAGGAAAGUAAAUCACAAAUAACAAUCG